UGUGGACGAGAAUGAAGAGAGCGACAAGAAAGUUUGCAUUUUUUCUGACUUAUUUGUAAUUAUACUAUUAUUAAUUUUUUUUUACAAUUCAUACGAGUCCCUGAAGUGGACUGAACCGGAUCCGAACCGAUGCUUUAACGCGUCUGACGAUGAGAGUUUCUCCGAGUUCGGGUUUCCUCGGCGGAGCGGCGGUGUGUGCUGCGGUACUCUCAGUGAUUCAGUGCCACUUCACUACACACACCACCAUGUCACCUUUGCAGAGGAACGCUCAUGGUGAGGUUCUUUACUUCAUCUCGGCCCCUGAAACCAUGGCGGUCAACUCCAGUGCGCGGAUAGCAUAUACCUGCUCCAGGGCUUGCAGAGUGGGGAUCGAGAUUGUGCUUUCCACACCAAAAACCACUGGACUUGUGACCUUUAGGAGAUCAUGGACUCAUGUCAAGCAGUUAAAAAAAGCCAGAACAAGGACGAUACGACUUACUUUUCCUGCUGCGGUGUUGUAUAAGAGAGACUUUUUCUUCAGGCGGACAGUGGAAGUCAGUGAUGUGAUGCUGAGAACCUGGCUGGUGCAUCUAGAUGAAAAAGAAAGCAAUAUCAGCCAUGUUGGAUUCAGCCAGUAUGAGCGAGCCGCGUUGAGAACGUUUCACAUUCUAUGGAUGGUUCCGCCUUCAGACCGUCCUACUAAAUCGCCGAGCAGAUGUGCGGCAUGGGGCGCGGAGCUGAUGUGGAAUCUGACCAGGACCAGAAUUGAGAUGUGCUCUCCUGAAUCAGAUGUCGUGAGACUUCUAACAUUCCCAUUUGCAAGCAGUGGAGAAAAAUAUGGGGUCAUCCGGACGUUUCCGGCCUUCGCCAACAGAGAGCUGAAGACGGCAAGCUGGCGAGCUCUAGAGAAACCCAGACAGACCAUGUCGGUGUGGAUAUACUUGCUUACGUGGUGCAGGGAGAAGCUCUGCAGCAUCAUCAAGCACGUGAACGAGCACAGGAGAUACGGAACCCCUCUCCUACUGCUGAGUAAUACAGGGAACAUCGUAGUGCAGGUGUGUUUGACCUCCGGAGUGGAAAAGGCAUUCACCGCUUUCACAGAUCUCCCUCUCCGGACCUGGAUCCGGUUGGACCUCUUUAUCCAGACUUCAGAGGUGAAGCUCAUAAUCACACAGGCCAACUCUGAGCAUCACCUCCUGGAAGCUGUCUAUAAUUUUCAGGAUGCUGUCCUGUAUAAUGACACUUCAGGUUACUUCGUGAUUGGUGGAUGCCUGUACAUGCCAGGAAUUCACGGUUAUUUCGGACCAGUUAAAUUUUACCGCCUAGGUUCUAAAAAGCUGGUGAACCCUCUGACCCCUGAGAGAACACUGAAGGAACUGGAUGAAGCCCACAGACGCUGUGAGGAUGUUAAACAGAUGACUAAAGGCUACGUAGAAGCUCUGCAAGACAGCACAGCCAGCCCCGCCAAGGAUGUCUGUUUGUCAUAUUACGAGCAGUUAAGGAGAACCUUUGUUCAGACGAGGUGCGUGCAGACGUGGUCUUGGGAUCUUCAGAUGAAAUCCAGUGUCGCACUAAAGAUACUGAGGAGGCAUGAGGACGAACUGAUGUCAGGCCCAUGGAGCAGGAAGAAAGCAGCACUCUUUGGCCAACGUCUUUACCAAGAUGUGAUAAAGAAGUUAGCUGGUGUCGGUCUGGGAGACAUUGAUAGCUCGAUAUUAGAGCAGCUGGAGCUGUGUUUGUGCUGGGGUCAUCACAAGGCUGCUCUCAUGCUCGCCACUUUACACCUAUCAGGUCUUGGCGUACCAGUGGACCAGGAGAAGGGUCACAUGUACAGCCUGAUGGGCGGAGUAGGAGACGAGCGUCUGGCUCUGCUGCAUUUGGGCUACAAGCACAUGCAGGGUCUGGACGGCUUCCCUGAGGACCAGGACGUGGCGUACGGCUACUACGCCAACGUGGGAAGGCAGACCAGCAUCGACCGCGAAAAAAUACAGGACUCUGAGCAAUCCCUCACUGAGCACGUGCACUUAAUCAACCCGGCGGAUCUUGAGAUGCAAGAGGGCGACUCGGACAAUGUCAUACAGUUUCUCAAACACCAGGCAGAGAGAGGAGACGUCGAAUCCCAAAAAACCCUGGCACGGAUGUCGUUCUUCGGCAGCAACGGCAUGACGAAAGACCUCGGCGCGGCUCUGCGGUGGUACGCCAAGAGUGCGAUGCAGAUGACGGACGCUACAGCCAUGUACGACUACGCCAUCAUGCUGCUGAAGGGACUUGGAGGGAGGAAGAACAGAACCCUGGCAUUAAACCUACUGGAGAAGGCGGCGGACAUGGGUUCUGUGGACGCUCUGAACGCUCUAGGCUGGUACCAUAGCACUAUGGGAAAAAAUGAAAGUAAGGCCGUAUACUACUUCGAACUGGCUGCUCGAAACGGCAGUCGAGACGGAAUGUUUAACCUGGGUGUAUAUUACCUGAAAGGCGCUGUCCCACAUACACAGGGCAGGAACGAGACAGCUGCGUUUCAGUGUUUCCUACAGGCAGGUGAGCUGGGCCAUGUGGACGGCGCUGUGGAGGCUGCGUCAUACCUCUCCAGAGGACACUUACAGGGCGUGCGCAGAGAUCCCAAGAAAGCCGUGAGUCUGCUGAAGCCAGCCAGUGAGAAGAACGGCCACCUGGGCUUCGCCGUCCGAGACGCUCUGAGAGCAUUUCAGCACGGAGCAUGGGACGAGGCCUUGUGGAAAUACGCCAUGCUCGCAGAAACCGGCUUUGUCGUGGCGCAGAUCAACGCCGCACACCUCUGCGAGGUCCUGAAACACAGUUCUGAAUGCCAGUGGAGGUAUCAUAACUUCUCCACCUAUAACCAGGCUCCACACGAAUCAGGUCUGCUAAAGAUGGGAGACCACUACAGUGCCACGGGUGACAUGGUGAAGGCUAUGGCGCUGUACAGCAGAGCGGCACUGAGAGGCAGUGCUCAGGGCGUGUACAACCUGGCGGUUUUGACUGAGGAAGGACACAGCGUCCCCCCGAACGUACUGGAGCUGAUGAGGAUCUCGACCGAUCCACCGCUGAACAAGAGUGCUGUAGUGGAGGAACUCUUACUCAGAUGCCGGGAUCUGGAGGGUAAACGGGAGGAAGUGACUCCAUGCUCUCUGGCACUGUUUGGACUGCGUGUGGCUCGGGUGUGGCACAGCUUCGCUCGCAGCACUUUCUACCUCACGCUGACCCUUACCACAAUUGUCAUGUUCGUGCUCGCCGCCAUUACGCAGAGCACUCUCGCUCACGUCUCUGCGGCUCGUCCACGCGUUCCUGCUCCUAACCGUUCAUCACCGCAGCAGAGAGAAUCAGAACCGCAGGUAGAUCAGGAACCCCCCUCGAGAGUCACCCGAGUUGUGCUGUUGGGUCAAACCUACGUGACCCAACAUACCCGGACGUUGCAGUUGGCAGCCGAUUUGAUCGUCACGGCGACUGGAGUGUGUGCGUUUGCCUUGUGCAUGAUCUUCGUCUCUCAUCUGGUUUAACUGUGUAGAGGAGCGAUACAGACAAGGAAGGAGAAAUGUUUAAAAUGACUGAUGCUGUGCAUGCUGGACUUUUAAUGUAGAUGGUGUUAAGUGAUUAGAGGUUUAUUUUUAAAUUAAACAGUACAACAGAAA